CUUCCUUGACUCUGCAAAAAUUAUAAACCUCCCAAGAACACCUUGAAUAACGCCCAAACUUUCAAAAUGUCUUGUCCUUUCUGUAUGAUCGCUGAUUCCAUCCCGCCAGCAACUGAACCCAAGGUCUUGACUACCCCGCUGGGUUCCGCAUAUCCGGUCCUGUCAACCGCAAUAGUCAUCGCAUUCCUCGAUAUUGCUCCAGUGACACCAGGACAUAUUCUCCUCUGUCCGCGAAGACAUUGUGAGAAAGCCACUGAUAUGACAGUUGCAGAGGCCGCUGCUUUGGGGGUCUGGCUUCCCAUUCUCACUCGGGCUUUGCUCAAAGUGCUGGGAACUACAACUGAAGAGGCAGGCUGGAAUAUCAUUCAGGCGAAUGGAUCAGAAGCGGGACAAACAGUCCCACAUUCUCAUUUCCAUAUCAUUCCCCGUCUUGGAGGUCCACGUGGUGCGACGGAUAUCUCGGAUGCUGAAAGAAAGAAUCUUGCUUUGGGAGAGGGACCUAGAAUCAAGUUAGAUCAUGAAGAGGGGACUCAACUCUGUAUUGCGAUUCAAUUUGCGUUGCGACAAGAGAUUCGGAAGCUCCAGGCUGGGAAGGAGUUGGGAGGCCCUGAUGAGGAGCUAUUUGUGAACUUGCAUGGGCAUGGGUUAGAGUUGUAAUUAGGUAGAAAGGAAGCCACCUGCUGUUCGAUCUUCUUUGCUCUUUAUGUAUUGGAGUGAGGAAGGUACGCCCGAGUGGCCAAGGCGUUGAGAAAUUGAAACGAAGUAGAAUUAACUAGGAGUUGACCG